CCACCGCCACCACCGCCACAGUCGCAGCCGCCGCAGCCUCGGCCGCCGGGCAAGUAGCUCUGAGCGGCGGCUUGCUGGGCGCCCCGACGCGGACCCGGGCGCCGCGCUCUGCUCGCUCCGCGCCCGAGCCAUGCCGGGCAGCCGCGCGUAAUUUCCGUGCCCCGGCCGCCGCCGACCUGACCCUGUGCACGGUCCCUGGCCCGAGCCGAGCUUUCCGUGCACGCAAGCAACUCCCUCGGUCUCCGCCGGCCCCUCGCAACCAUGCCCCGGGCGACUGCUCUCGGGGCCCUGGUGUCACUGCUGCUGCCUCUCCCGCUGCUGCUGCUGCUGCUGCUGCUGCUGCCGCCGCUGCCCCGCGGCGCCGGGGGGCUCGCGGAGCGCUCGGACGCCGCCCCGGACUACUCGGCGCUGGAAGGCGAGGAGGGCGCGGAGCAGCAGCUGGAGCAUUACCACGACCCGUGCAAAGCCGCUGUCUUUUGGGGAGACAUUGCCUUGGACGAAGAGGACCUGAAGUUAUUUCAUAUUGACAAAGCCAGAGACUGGAUCAAGCAGUCAGUAGAGGAAAGGGGACAUAGCACAGGUGGGCUCGAGGAGCAGCCUUUCGAGAGCUGGCAGAAUGCUACAGCCAUGAAUACCAGCAGCGAGGAAGCCAGAAAGGAUGGCCAGGAAAAUGCUAUGCUUCUACAGAGCCCCGGGACCUCAAAUGCCAGAGCUGAGACCUUUUCUCCACGUGUCCGAAGAGCCACAACCUCGAGGGCAGAGAGGAUAUGGCCUGGAGGGGUCAUCCCCUACGUCAUCGGAGGGAACUUCACUGGAAGCCAGAGGGCCAUUUUUAAGCAGGCUAUGAGACACUGGGAGAAGCACACCUGUGUGACCUUCAUAGAAAGGACUGAUGAAGAGAGCUUUAUUGUGUUCAGUUACAGAACGUGUGGCUGUUGUUCCUAUGUUGGGCGUCGAGGAGGAGGCCCGCAGGCCAUAUCCAUUGGGAAAAACUGUGACAAGUUUGGCAUUGUGGCACAUGAGUUGGGCCAUGUGGUUGGGUUCUGGCAUGAACACACUCGGCCCGACAGAGACCAGCAUGUCACCAUCAUCAGAGAGAACAUCCAGCCAGGUCAGGAGUAUAAUUUCUUAAAAAUGGAAGCUGGGGAAGUGAGCUCUCUGGGAGAAACGUACGACUUUGACAGCAUCAUGCACUACGCCCGGAACACCUUCUCAAGAGGAGUUUUCUUAGACACCAUCCUCCCCCGUCGAGACGACAAUGGCGUCAGGCCAACCAUUGGUCAGCGCGUGCGGCUCAGUCAGGGAGACAUAGCGCAAGCCAGGAAGCUGUACAAAUGCCCAGCGUGUGGGGAGACCCUGCAGGACACAACAGGAAACUUUUCCGCACCUGGUUUCCCAAAUGGCUAUCCUUCUUAUUCCCACUGUGUCUGGAGGAUAUCGGUCACUCCAGGGGAAAAGAUCGUCCUAACCUUCACCUCCAUGGAUUUGUUUAAAAGCCGCCUGUGCUGGUAUGACUAUGUGGAGGUCCGGGAUGGUUACUGGAGAAAAGCCCCCCUGUUGGGCAGGUUUUGUGGUGACAGGGCCCCGGAGCCCCUCACCUCCACGGACAGCCGGCUCUGGGUGGAGUUCCGGAGCAGCAGCAGCACCUUGGGCAAGGGUUUCUUCGCGGUGUACGAAGCUACGUGUGGGGGAGAUAUUAACAAAGACGCUGGUCAGAUUCAAUCUCCCAACUACCCGGAUGACUACAGACCUUCCAAGGAAUGUGUCUGGAGGAUUACGGUUUCGGAAGGGUUUCACGUGGGGCUUACCUUCCAAGCUUUUGAGAUUGAAAGGCAUGACAGCUGUGCAUACGACUACCUGGAAAUCCGCGACGGCCCCACGGAAGAGAGUGCCCUGAUUGGCCAUUUCUGUGGCUACGAGAAGCCAGAAGAUGUGAAAUCGAGCUCCAACAGAAUGUGGAUGAAGUUUGUGUCCGAUGGCUCUAUCAAUAAAGCGGGCUUUGCAGCCAAUUUUUUCAAGGAGGUGGAUGAGUGCUCCUGGCCAGAUCACGGCGGGUGUGAGCAGCGCUGUGUGAACACUCUGGGCAGCUACAAGUGCGCGUGCGACCCUGGCUACGAGCUGGCUGCCGAUAAGAAGACGUGUGAAGUGGCCUGUGGCGGUUUUAUUACCAAGCUGAACGGAACCAUCACCAGCCCUGGGUGGCCGAAGGAGUAUCCUACAAACAAAAACUGCGUCUGGCAGGUGGUGGCCCCUGCUCAGUACCGGAUCUCCCUCCAGUUUGAAGUGUUUGAACUGGAAGGCAAUGAUGUCUGUAAGUACGACUUUGUGGAGGUGCGCAGCGGCCUGUCCCCCGACGCCAGGCUACAUGGCAAGUUCUGCGGCUCCGAGAUGCCCGAGGUCAUCACCUCCCAGAGCAACAACAUGCGUGUGGAGUUCAAGUCAGACAACACGGUCUCCAAACGGGGCUUCAGGGCCCACUUCUUUUCAGACAAGGACGAGUGUGCCAAGGACAACGGCGGGUGCCAGCACGAGUGCGUCAACACGUCUGGGAGCUAUCUGUGCCGGUGCAGAAACGGUUACCGGCUCCACGAGAAUGGGCACGACUGUAAAGAAGCUGGCUGUGCGCACAAGAUCAGCAGUGCAGAGGGGACCCUGGCGAGCCCCAACUGGCCUGACAAAUACCCCAGUCGGAGGGAGUGUACCUGGAACAUCUCUUCAACCGCGGGCCACAGGGUGAAACUCACAUUUAACGAGUUUGAGAUCGAGCAGCACCAAGAAUGUGCCUACGACCACCUGGAGCUUUUCGACGGAGCCGACAGCCUGGCGCCCAUCCUUGGCCGUUUCUGUGGCAGCAAGAAACCAGACCCCGUGGUGGCUUCAGGCAGCAGCCUGUUCCUCAGGUUUUAUUCGGAUGCCUCUGUGCAGAGGAAAGGCUUCCAGGCAGUGCACAGCACAGAGUGCGGGGGCAGGCUGAAGGCCGAAGUGCACACCAAAGAGCUGUAUUCCCACGCCCAGUUUGGGGACAACAACUACCCGAGCCAGGCCCGCUGUGACUGGGUGAUCGUGGCGGAGGACGGCUACGGCGUGGAGCUGAUAUUCCGCACCUUCGAGGUGGAGGAGGAGGCUGACUGUGGCUACGACUACAUGGAGGCCUACGACGGCUACGACAGCACCGCGCCCAGGCUCGGCCGCUUCUGCGGCUCCGGGCCACUGGAAGAGAUCUACUCGGCAGGAGAUUCUCUAAUGAUUCAAUUCCACACGGAUGACACCAUCAAUAAGAAAGGCUUUCACGCCCGAUACACUAGCACCAAGUUCCAGGAUGCCCUGCACAUGAAGAAAUAAUGCCGAUGUUCUUGAAAGACAGGAACUGAGAAUGUUUUUUGUAACAAUAGCACCUUGUGAAUCUGCCCUAAACCGGUGUAUAGUAUUUUUCUCAAAAACUCAAAAUCUAGUGUUGGAGGUCUGUCUCUGAUGAAGUUUGGCCAACAAGGAAGAGGGAAGAUGUUUUUUGAUUCUGGCUACAACAUUAUCAGUCAUGGGCUCUUAAGAUUAAGGUUUUGAAGUUACUUACCAUUCAAGCUACGCCUGGUCAUACUCAUUCCCUUUGUCCCAUGCUCCUCUGGGGCAAGAGGCCGGCCUUUGGGUUGGUCAUUCCUCUAUUUCUGGAUGUGCUUCUGUAGGUGCCAGGCAGCGUGACUGUGUCCCGAAGACUCAGGCUGUUUUCCGUCUACACCGGGCAGUGAGGAUAAGAGCUUGGCCAUGGCUGAGUUGUUACUCACCGGCUUGGCUGGAGACUUUGGCUUUCUAUCUGCCAGGGACAUGUCAACCAGGAAACCUGAGAAUAUGGAUGUCAGGACUAAAAAAGGACUCACAGUAAGCAGUGCACAGAGAGAGCUUGAGUAUGAGAAUCGUCAUCACAAAACUAGUUGACAUCAAGCCUUCGGUCUGUGUCAUUGGCAUUCCUUGCCACUUUGGGAUUCCCUCAUCCCUAACUGCACUAGGAGGCUGAGGCAUCCACUAUUAAUUCCAGCAACAUAUUUGCCGGUGAGAGACCCCAGUUUGCCGAGAAGAAAACAUCCUGGAUCCUCCUGAUACUCCUUUACUGGCUGACUUUGAGAAGACGCCACCCAUGCUUGGGAUUCCAUGGGCCUAGAAGACCAUUUCCUCCUCCAGCUUUAAAGGCACUUCCUGUGGUUGACCUUGACUUCUUGACAACUGAUUCAAACUGCAUUUGCAAGAUGUGCAAAGACAGCCUAUGGAGGACCAGUUCAGGUCCCUCGUGGGGUGAACACUGUUGAAAACUGGUUAAUUAAAAGUUAUGUAAGAAUCAUCAUCUGUGGGACAAGUCAACUUUGUGACUAACUUCCUGUCAGCAGUCAGGUUAAAGAGUGCAUUGGUAACUUUGCUCAGGCUAACUAGUAUUCAAUCACCAACUUGCAAUCAGAAUUCACCACAUUGGCACGUGUUCUAGAGAAGUGUAGAGAAUGUUGUUUACAUAAUUUUAGAACCUCCAGGUGGACUUUAAACAGUGAGGUAGUUUUGAAUGGCAUUUCAUUAAGGCAUCUAUGGGCAUUAUGAGCUAAAAGCGUGGUAUGUUAGCUUUAAAAGAGUAUUUAUGUUGGAAUCAUUUUUAAAUAAUGUUUACAUAACCGUAAGUCCUGUUUGGUUGGUAUUGAACACAGGACAGCACAGAGAGUGUUUUCCGUGAGACCUGAGAUAGCUCCCAAGCUCCAGAAUUCCUUUGGGAUGAGGCAAUGGCAUUUUAAACAGAGUGUUCGUAAAAUCUUAAAAAGUUAUAUUUUUUAAAGAUCAGAAUAUGUCCCCAGAGGACUAUGCCUAAUUAAAAUGAUAGCUGGGAGUAAAACAAACAAAGGAUAGUACAAAGAAAGGUAGAAGAAAUGCAUGGAAAUAUAUUUUUUUCCUUAAAACAGAAAAAAAU